AUUGUUGGUGACCUUUUUCAUGACUCGCGAAUUUGAAAACCAUCUCCUUCUCUUGUGCUUCGUCCGAUUCUCGAAAGGCAUGUUAGGGUUUAGUUUUUUUUUUUGGGCAAUGUUUACGUUGUUCUUCACUGGUGAUUUUUGGUUCAGACCCAAAUAUAAUGAGGUUAAUUCUUCCUCUUUAGCCGUUUUGUUAUUAUUGCAUGCUUAUGGAGAAUUUUAUUGCUCUCAAUACUCUGAUUAUUUCGUCGAACAAUUGCUGCUAUCUUCACACUUCAUUUGAAUCGCUGCUAUUUAUUCUCCAGACCCAAUUGCUGCAUUUGAAUCGCUGCAUUUGAAUAUUUUCAUUUGAAUCGCUGCUAUUUAUUCCCAUUUGAAUCGCUGCUAUUUCCUCGAACAAUUGCUGCUAUUUAUUAUUACAGACCCAAAUCGCUGCUAUUUAUUCUUAUUUAAGUUUUUUCUUCGAACAAUUGCAGUUUAAGGGUUGCGUCGUUCAUCUCUGGAGAGUAACACUUGAGCCCUUUCGCACGAGCAUUCUGUUUGAUUAAGGUACGAUUUGUUAAACUGGAACUCAUAAACUGUAGUUUCUAUGUGCAAUUUCAUGGACUUCUGGAACCAUAUACGGUGUAUCCUGCAAUUAACCUUCGCUAUAUCUUGUUUACAGUCCUCGAUUUGUGUUUGCUUUGACAUCGUUUCCUUGUAUCUGCUAUCGAUGGUCUAUUUUCUGAAAUUUUGAUGAUGCUCGAGAUAUGCACUCAUAGUCCUUGACUUGUUAUUUAUUUGCAGCCACAUAUUUUGCUUGUUGUUGGUUGAGAAUAACCAUGCCGACUGAGGAUGAUACCGUUGUGUGUUUAUACCUGUUGAUGGAAGAGAUUUUGUUGGAAAACAUAAUUCUUGUUUUGGUAGCAUAUCACAUCAUGGUUAUGUCAAGAUCGCGUAAACGAAAAAGAAAUAAUAGGCCAGCAGCUUUUAGUUUUAUAGAGCGUAUUCCUGAUCAGGUUACGCACAUGAGUAGGCUGGUAGAUGUUAGCGAUAUUGAUUGCAUAGCAAACUUACGCAUGGAUCGCAACACUUUCGGUAGGCUUUGUGUGGUGUUACGUGAGCUAGGUGGGUUAUCUGAUGGGAGGUAUAUUAAGGUUGAAGAACAAAUAGCCAUGUUUUUGUCCAUCUUAGCGCACCACAAAAAAAAUAAAGUUGUUAGGUUUGAUUUCUGGCGUUCCGGCCAAACGGUUUCAAAGUUUGUUCAUCUUGUACUAAAGGCAAUUUUAAAAUUGCACACGGUGUUACUUGUGAAACCGGUUCCCGUUUCAGCCGAUUGCACGGACAAUAGGUGGCGAUGGUUCAAGUGUUGUUUAGGUGCUCUCGAUGGCACUUACAUCAAUGUCAAGGUCAGCAAUGCUGACCAGCCGAGGUACCGAACCCGGAAAGGUCAGAUUUCUACAAACACACUUGCGGUUUGUGACCGAAAUAUGAAAUUCGUCUACGUUUUGCCUGGUUGGGAAGGCUCGGCAGCGGAUUCAAGAAUUUUACGCGAUGCACUGACACGUGUAAACGGCUUGAGGGUGCCAAAGGGUAAUUACUACCUUUGCGAUAACGGGUACGCGAACAGUGAUGGAUUUCUAGCUCCAUACAAGGGGAUUCGGUAUCAUUUAAAGGAAUGGGGGGCAAAUGCAGCAAGGCCACAAAAUCAACUGGAAUUGUUCAAGUUACGGCAUUCAAAUGCACGGAACGUGAUAGAACGUGCCUUCGGGAUCCUGAAAAUGCGAUGGGGGCUAUUGAGAAGCAAUUCUUUCUAUCCUGUCAAGACUCAGAACCGUUUGAUCAUGGCCUGUUUCAUUUUGAACAACUACAUUCGAGGAGAAAUGCCCAACGACCCUAUCGAGCAAGAGUUUGACAUUGCAACUUCGAACCCUGAGGAAGAUGCAGAGGGUGACUGUGAGUAUAUAGACGGGGUAGAGUCUACACCACAAUGGAAUGCACUAAGGGAUGCAAUUGCAGGCGACAUGUGGCAAAGCUAUAUAAACAUGGAUUGACUUGAUAAUGUUUGUGUAGAAUUAUUUAAAACUUGUGGUUAUAUGUGCAUUAGUUUUGGAUGUGAUUUAGAGGUGCUUUGGGGAGAACUUGCUGCUCCAUCUUGAUGUUUGACAUCAUUUUUGUGAACUUAUUGUGGCCUGAAUAUGUAUGC